AUGGCACCUGAAUGUCUUCAAAACUUUGAUUAUUCAUAUCCUAUUGAUGUUUAUGCUUAUGGUAUUGUAUUAUAUGAAACUUAUAUUGAAAAAGGAGGAUAUUCUGAUGAAAAUGUCUUUGAUCAACCUUGGAAAAUACCCCAAUUUGUUAUUGAAGGAAAAAGACUUCCUAAACCUGAUGGAAUUCCUGAAAAUUAUUGGCAGUUAACUCAGGAUUGUUGGAGUCAAAACCCUGAAGAUAGACCAACAUUUAUUGAUGUUUUAAAAGAAAUUGAGAAAUGGGGAUUAGAUAUAAAAUAUGCUCUUGUUAUUGAUUGUGAUGAAAAGCCUUCUUCUAAUCAAUUAAUACAGAAGACAGCUGCUGUACAAGAUUCAUCUUCAUCAUCACCAAGCGAUAAUUAA